AUGGAACAGCACAUAUCAUUGACGCUGUUUGGGGGACUUUGUUCUGUAAUUGGGACUUCUGAAGUUAUUGCCAUGAGGAGAGAUGUGGCAGACGUAAUAGAGGCGGUAGAACAAAGAGUCAGAUCAAGUGAUGAGAGUAUGAGUAGCAUGGAGAGUGGAAGUCAAAGAGAAGGAUUCCGGCUCAUCGGAUCAGAUUUAGACUCAAUGAAAUGGUUCAACGAUCAUAGAGUGAUUUGGGAAUUUUCUCAGAUACAAUCAUACAAUCCAUCCAGAACAGGGAUUAUUUUUGCUGAUUGCUCCAAAAGUUUACCAGGAUACGCUUUACUUCAGUUUAUUACUUUUAUAAACAAUAAGGAUACUAUAGAAGCACUUGUCGUUAGAAAUGGAGAGUAUUAUAUAUCUAGCUCCAAAUUCAGGCAGAUGGCAUUGAAGUUUUUUUCUCUUAUUAAAUACAGUGCCACAUUACAUGGGCCCUGUGCCAAUUGUUUUAUUGGGCCACUAAAAUAUGACCAAGCUUUCUGUUUCGUCUCUGAUUUUUGGCCCCCAUCUGCGUCCUCAUGGAUAAAAAGAUGCAGUACUUGGCCAAGGCCUGAAGUUGUCCAUGACAUAGUCAAACAUGGAUGCCAUUUUGUGGCAAUAGGUCACAAAAUGGGAAAUCAUGAAGACUUUGAAUGGAGAAUAUCUUUCUCUCUCGCUGAGCAAAAACUGGUGUACUCAAUGAAUCACUGUCAAUUCCUUACUUACGGAUUGUUAAAGUUAUUUCUAAAGGAAGUGAUAAACAAAGGACUAACUGAUAAUGAUAAACAACUCUGUUCAUAUCAUAUGAAAACAGCCGUAUUCUGGGUAAUUCAACAAAACACAGUAUCUUGCUGGUGUCCACAAAAUAUAUUGGAGAAUUUUGAUGUCUGUUUCAAACAUAUUCUGAAAUGGGUUUACAACGGUGUCUGUCCAAACUUUUUCAUUCCAGAAAACAACAUGUUCCUCAAUAAAAUAAAUGGUCGAGUGCAGGAAAUGCUAUUCCGAAGGUUGUCUGAAUUGUAUGACAGAAGACGACAGGCUAUCGUACAAAUCCCUCUGAUCAGCUGGUACUUUACGCAUGUGAUUCGCAAUAAUCCCAUACUCUUGUUUUCCACAAACGAAAACUUCUUCGUCUCUGAGACUAAUUUUGAUGAGGAGCUAUAUUUUGAGAUAUUUAAUAAGGCUGCAUCCGAUGCAUCCGACAUAAUAACAUCAAUUAAGUACCUUAACACAAUAAAUCAACUGAUAAAUUUACCACUAUCCCAGUAUCAUGUUGCUGCGUUACAGAAAUUUAGUGCCUCCAUAUUUUUGAAAUUGGCAUUUUUAUUUCAGUCCAAUAACAAAGGCACCAACAAAUUUUCGUACAGCGUGGAUAAAUUUGCCUGUUACAUGAUGAAAUUAGCAGCAAAAUUUGGUUUUUUGUCUGAUAAGCUUUUAGUUGUAGCGUAUUACUACAAAACAUCAAGAAUAUUGGAAGCUCUGUCUGUUUUAGAGAAGAUAAGGGUAAAGUUUGCAAAGCAGUCGCUAAUGUAUAAUAGAUCUGUAGAUGAAGAUCUGUAUAUUGCUGCUGUAGGAGGAAAAUCAUGGUCUACAAAGACUAGAGAGAGCGUUGCAAGGGAUGUCAGACUUUUCAAUGGAAUUAACUAUUUAAAUGAGCUUAUACCAGAACAACAGUUUAGUUUACGGAACAAAAAACUUACUUUACUUAUUCCACCAUUUGUAUUGUUUCACAUGCUAGAAAUCUUUUGCUACAGACUGGUUUACCCCAAAAAGGCCAACAACGCUUUAAGUACAUUAAAGAAUCUGAUCUGCGAGAAUAAGAACUUUAAGGUACCAUAUGCAAUUCUGGACAUAUCCUACCAGAUCCUGGGAAUUUGUCAGCAAGUCACAGGGAAUCUUGAAGAUGCUUUUUACUCAUAUCGAGAAUCUCUAAGGCAACAUCAGUUCAACAGAUUGAAAACUGCAACACUAUUUAGAAUGUGUACUAUAUUAUAUAGACUCAUCCACGAAAGAAGAAUGAGUUGA